UGCAGUGCGCACUUCUUAAACUUACAUCGUUAAGAAGUAGAAAGCCAGGGAAGAAGACACGAGAGGAUAAGGCAAGGGAGAUAGAGAGAAGCUGAAGAUAGCGAGAGCGAGAUAAGAAAGAGAGAGAGACACACACAAAAUCGUUUUGAUGAGAAAUGUAGAAUGAUGAUGAGAAUGAUGAUGAUGAUGAGCUUUCUGUUGUACUUUUGAUUCCUUUCUUUCUUUCCUUCUUUUUUUGUUUGUUUUCCUUCUCUAUUGUAAACUUAAUGUUUUGUUUCAUUAUCUAAUGUGUUGCUAAUCCAAUUCGGAUAAUAUGUUAAAUAGGACCCAUGAUUCUCAAACCCAUUGGGAUGAAUUCCAUCCGUUCAUUGAAGCUCUUCUGCCCCAUGUUAAGGCUUUCAGUUAUACAUGGUUCAACCUGCAAGCAGCGAAAAGGAAAUAUUACAAGAAACAUGAGAAAAGAAUGACUCUGGAUGAAGAACGUAAAUGUAAAGAAGAUCUUCAGAGUGAAAAGAAUGAAGUUAAACAAAAAUGGGCAUCUCGUUUAUUAGGCAAAUUACGGAAAGACAUAACACAAGAAUGUAGGGAAGAUUUUGUUCUUGGAAUAACUGGAAAGAAAAGGAUAAACUGUGUCCUCAGUAAUCCCGAUCAAAAAGGUAAAAUGAGGAGGAUCGAUUGUCUUCGCCAGGCUGACAAGGUUUGGCGACUAGAUUUGGUUAUGGUUAUCCUAUUUAAAGCAAUACCAUUGGAGUCAACAGACGGAGAGAGACUUGAAAAAUCUCUGGACUGUUCUCAUCCUAAUCUAUGUGUAAAUCCAUAUCACAUUAAUGUUUCCGUUCGAGAACUUGAUCUUUAUUUAGCUAAUUACAUAUUCUCUCAUGAGUCAUUGAGAGGUAAUAUGGAGUCCACUUGUGAUACUAAUGGUGAACAAGAUGAAAAUGAAACAAUCAACAUUAAUAAUACAAUACAUUUUAAUAGCAAUACAAUAUUAGCAACUGGAGUUUUCACUUCAGCUGAAUUAUAUCGUUUAUCCAAAGCCUCCAUUGUGACCCCAAUAGGGUCUGGUGGAAAUGGAAAUCUGAUGACCGCUCAUCCAACCUCUUCCUCCUCGGCUUCAUCUUCGGGAACAGUAACAAGUCCACCUCAAGGAGUUCCAAUACACCUGAUAAAAACUGAGCCUUCGUGCACAUAUCAACAAGGUUAUUCCCCGAUACCUGAGAUGCAAGUUCAGUGCAGUCCAAUCGGACUUAACGUGGUUAAUUCAUUGUCCAGUCAAGGUCUUCAAAUGAGUCAAUCACUGGGCCUUUGUAGUGAACCUCAAAAUGUGAAACUUUGCUCCCCAACAAGUGACCUUCCAACCAAACAAUAUCACCAUUUAACUGGACAACCAAUUGGACAUCAUCAUGGAAAUUUAAUGUUAGACAGAUCAGGACCAAGCAGCCCCAAUAAUUUAGGAUCUGUUGUGGUUGUGACUGCAACAUCUAGUGGUAUGCUACAAGCUACUUCCCCACCAACAUCAUCGUCGUCUUCUGGUGAGGGUGGAGGUGGUGUAGGAAGUGGAGGACCACCUUCCAAACGGGCUCGUCGCUUACCUUCUGGUAAUAAUCAAUCCGGUGAAACUGAACCUGUGGAAAGUUUAGCUUCCUAUUAUGGAGAUAACUCAAGUUGGCAGGGAAUAGAUAUAAGUGGUGAAACAAACUCUCAAAGCUUACAUUCACCUCAUAUUAUAUCUAUUAAAGUUAAAACGGAAUCAAAUGGAGGUGGUGGGAAUUGUGGCCCUUCUUCUUCUGAUACUUCACCUUUAUCUGUAGGUUCACCAUCAUCUCAACAUCAUCAGCAUCAUCAUCAUCCCCACCACCAACACCAACAACAACAACAGCAACAGCAACAUAGUCAUCAUAUUCAUGGAACCUCUCAUCAUCAUCAUCAGGGUCAUAUUCAUGGUCAUCAUCAAACACACCAAACUCACAAUCCUCAUCAACAUCAACAACAACACCAGCAUCAACACCAACAAUCUCAUCCUUCUCACAUUCACCAACAUCAUUUACAUCAUCCGCAUCAUACUCACCAUUCUCAUCAGGCAAACAGGUCAAGAGAAGGUCCACCUUCAAUGUCAACCCUUUCUGGUCAUCAGCAUUCAGGUUCCAGUUUAUCAUCAAACUUAUCAGUUGGAAGUCCUUUCGGCACAACUUAUUAUGGUUUACCCGGUAAAUAUCAAGAGAAUGGUGAUGCACUUUCUGAUUUUGUUAAUCUUGUUUGCCAAGAAUCAUCUCAACAUCAUCAUCCUCAUCAUUCUCAUCAUCACCCAACUGUUAACCACGGAGGAUCUGAUAAUGGAGCUGAUGGUGGCGGGGGUAAUAAUAGCAAUAACAGUGGCAGUGGCAAUAAUAAUAAUGAUAAUAACGGAGGAUGCUCUGAACCUGAGGAUGAUGAACCUGGUGACCUUAGGUCAAGUCCUUCUAAAUACUAUAACCAAAUGACUUCCAUGCUUCCUCCUCCACCUCCAGCUCCAAUGGCACGUCCAGUUCCUAUUAUCGCUUCACCUAAUCCAUUGAUUCGAUCAUCUCAAUUGAUGAAUCCCUGUUCACCCGAAUUAGGUGGAUCAUCACCAUCAUCACCAUGUCAUCCAGGAGCACCAGGAACACCAGGAUCUGAUGCAAGUGGACCCAUAGUGAUACCCAAUCGAUCUGUAUUAAUACAUCGAUCUGAAGCUGUAUCCACAGCUAAUCAAAGUGGAGGAAGUGAUUCUCGUGAUCCAACACCUACUCCACCUCCCAUCUCUUCAUCAUCUCAUCAUGUAACAUCAUCAGCAUCACCAUCAAGUGUCCCCUCAUCUUCCUCUUCCUCCUCAAUAAACACAUCAUCUCCAACAUCUGGUGGACAUUCAAUAGAAACUAUAAGCAAUAAUAGAGCUGUGAUGAGCCCCUUCACUACCUUGACAAGAGCUGAUCACUCUUUUCAUGUUCAUACUCCUGUUACUCAGCUAUUUAAUUAUGCAAACAUGGGAGGAAUGAGCGGAAUAAUCAGUCCAACAAACAUGAGCAUGUUUACUGGUAAUAAUGUUCAUCCCAAUGGAUCCAUAUCAAACCUGCAAUCAUCUGGAAAUGGACAUUCACUUUCAGUGGUUAGGACAAGUGUAGGUGGUCACAAUAUAGGAGGUGGCCUGAACAUAGAGGGAGGAGGAAAUGGCAAUGUUGGUCAUAGGUCACCAACUAUUGCUCGUUGGUCAUCGUCUUCCUCUUCUUCCUCCACUUCAGGAGUAGGGGGAAGUGGAGGCGCUAACGGUGGUCCUGGAGGUAAUGGAGGUGGUUACAUAUCGAUAGAGGAAACAUUUGAUUACAGUGUUAUGGCUGGUUUAAUGGGCUCUUCAUCGAUGGUUGGUCAUCCAGAUAUGGAUCCACCACCUGGUAUUAUUGGCGUUGAAGAUCGAUAUUUCUCUGUAGUUCACCCUGUAAAUGAUAAUGAUAAUGGUGUUGAUGGUACAAAUGGCAAUGGCAAUCAAGGUAAUCAAGGUCCAAUUAAUUCGGUUGCAGUUGAUGAUGGUAAUGGUGAAUCAAAUGAGCAAAAUGAUGACCACACCAAUCAAAGUUUGGAUAAAGAUUUAACAGGCUCAAAUAAUGGAGCAAAUGGAUCACCAGGAUCUGGCUCUUAACAAAUCUUCAAAUUUUUGGUUCCUCUUCUCAUUUUUAUCUGCUCUCUUUUUUUUCUUUACCAAUUACAGAAGUUAAUUCUAAUUGUCGAUGAACCAACUUAAACAAUCUUGCUCAAAUCAAGCAAUUAUCUUUCUUCUCUUUCUCUCUGGCAUCAUUAUCAUCAUUUUCGUUUAAUCUAUUGGUAGUUUACAAUCGUUUUUAGCUGUCUAGAGAAGGUUAAUUGUUAAUAUAUAAUACAUAUUAUUAAUACCUAUUUGAUGGAUUUUACUGUAAAUCGUAUUUCAAUUAUUCAUCAGCUUUUGUCAUCUUCAUUCACUUCUUUUUUCAUCAUUCUUUCUGCAAUUGUUAAGUGUAGUUAUCAUCUUUUCUGGAUUCCCUUUCAUUGAUAUACAUUGAUAUAUCAAUUGAAAAUAAUCACCGAUAUUUCUGGAAACUCCGAGAAAACAAAUCGGUUCUUCGGAUCCAGAAUCGGUUCGUACGGGAAAAUGGCAAUAAAUAAACAGAAAGUUAAGUU